AUGUGCAGCGUAGGCCUGCUCAUCUCGUUGCUCCUCGAAGGAUUCGUCUUUGCUUCGUCGUACGUGCUGCUCUUCGUUCCACUGCUGUAUUUUGAGAAUCGCCAACAAUGCGUCGCGUACGGCACUGUUAUGACUGUCGUUAUGACGCUGUGGUCAUGCGCGCUUUAUUUCUUCCGCGUUGUUCGCCCGAUCCAGCACCUCAACCGCUCCAUUCGGCAGGCUGAAAAUGUAUUCAAGGGGCUCGCGCAGACGCCCGCCCCGUCCCUGCCGGAGGGCUUUUUUUUGCACUCCUCCUCCCCGAAGAGUACGACUUGCGUGUGCGACGACCUGCUGGAGGAGCGACACCGGCUGGAGAACGCGCUGCACGGCCUUCACCUCGACUCACGGCCCUCAAGCCAUUUUGUGCAGGACCAGCGCUGCGCCGUGGCGAACCUUUUGGCGGCGCUCCUCCUCUGGCAGCAGAGCUUGAUCGACCUGACCCAGAUGAAACUGAAGGAGGCUGAGAGGGCCCGCGCCGGCAGUUGUCGCCAGAGAUGUGUGUCGCGGCAGGAGGGUGUAAACGGCAACGGCCCCGACCAUGACCGCCCCGGGGAACGAAGGAAGUCGGCGCAGUUCAUGCUGCAUCCGCGGUCGAAUGAAACAGCAUUCAACCUGGAAACGCGUGCGGCGAGCGCCCCAGAGGAGCCGGAGAUGCCGUUGUCGAGUGAACCGCCGUAUGGUCCGCUCUUCACGCCACUGGCCACCGCGGCGGUGGAUUUCGAGGGAGCCAUGACGACCCCUGCCGCUCAGAAGCCCAACCCAAACAGCCUACUAGCGGCAGUGCGCCACGUGGAUCCCGCGGCCCGUCUUGGCGCGGACCCUAACGAGAUGCAGUUGGAGCUGGUUAACGCGCCGCUGCCGCAGGUGCAGGAAAAAGAGUCCGCGCAAGCAAAAGAUGAUGUCCCCAGGAAGAAAACUGUGGACGCUAAAAUCACCAUGCUAAGCCCGGAGUACUUGAUAGAGCAACAGUCAAGGCGUGACACGGCGAUGGCUGCUGCAGUGAAUGCGAAGCCGAUAUCCCUCGCCCCUCCCCAGGGCGAAUCGAUCGUUGCAGCAGCUAGAAACGACGCCCAGCGAGCCUUGGAGAAUAAAGAUCGCUGCCUUCCAAGGCUCCGACGAGGAGACCGUUUCGCCACCGACAACAAUAAUGUUUUCUUCUACUUGCUAGUCAAGCAUCUGCAGACCCCGGCGACGACAAUUGGGUUCGAAGCAUGCUUUAGCUCAACUGAGGAUGAUCGCUUCCGUGCGGAGAACUUCACAAGGGCCCCCGGCGAGCGAAAAACUUGGAGGUUCUCUGAGGCGAUGCCGUUUGAGGGAUUUGCUCUGACUGCGAACGGCAGACGUGUUUCGCUCAGUGGUGCGCAGAAGCUGCUUGCUGGGUUUCGCAGCUGUGAAGUGGAGGCAGAUGAUGAUGUGGAGACAGCAAGUGGGAGGUCGGCGGCACUGCAACAACGUCCCGCACUCGUAGGCAAGGAGAGUGCCUCCCACGGAGAUGCUAGGGAGCGUGCCUUUAUUCUCUCAUGGGCCGCGCUUCCAGAGGUGCCCAUACGACUGACGAUGCUGACAGUAAAUUUGGCACCCGGCGAGUCUUGCACGCUCCCCGUCCUGGAAUGUCUUAUCAAUGAUGUAUUUUGCAUUUUGACGUCGGCUGUUCUGACUGUGGAGUUAGUUAGCGGUGAAAGUCGGCCUGAACGUGGGGUGUCGGUGGAACUCCACGGCGUCUCUAUUGAGGAUACCUCUGAGGUUGAUCAAAUUGCUCCGGCGGCCGUGGAGCCUGGGGAACAGCUGGGCUUUGGAAUGCCGGUCUCCCAGACAAUCAAGCUGUGA